AGAACACAAUUGCUUGGUUUACUCUAACAAGGUAAAAUCUUACGCAGCAUAUAUAGAUCAUAUUGUUGAAUAUUUAUGAAAGUAGUUUUUCCAAGAAUUGAUGUGUUUGUAGUUUCUUCUGUUUCUAAGCACUAGGAAACCAUUUCUUUGAUGCCACGUUAGACUAUGUUCUUCUGAGGUUUUUGUUCAUUGUUAGCCUCGUUACGUAUUUUAGCAUUGCAGAUUUUGUAUCAAGACAUGUCAGCUACUUUGAAGAAUCCGGUGAUUAAGUUGAAACUACUCAUAGAUGAAGAGAAAAACAAAGUUGUAUUUGUUGAGGCGGGUAAAGAUUUUGUCGAUUUACUCUUUAGUUUUUUUACUUUGCCAAUGGGAACGAUUGUUAGAUUGCUGGAGAUGUAUAAGAAGUCACAGAAAAUAGCAAUAGGCUGUUUCAGCAAUAUAUAUGCAAGUGUUGUGAGUAUGGGCAUUGAGCAUUUCUUGACUGAAGCUUGUAAGCAAAUGCUUUUGUAUCCGGGCAGUUUGAAUCAUGAGAAAUGUCGAAACCUUAAGCUGAGGGUAGAUGAUUCCGAGGCUACCAAGUAUUUCGUGUGUCCUAAGUUUGUGGAACGUGAGCAAUGUACUGAAAGUUACAGCAAUUUUAAUACCUCGAGAUGUAGCUGUGGUGUUUUGAUGAAUGAAGUGACUCAGCUUGAUGGAAGAGGAGGCCUAGCCAGUGCAGGAAAUGGUGUUGAAGGUGGAGUAUUUGUUAGGAGUGAUCAUACUUCAUUCAUGAUCACUGAUGAUUUGAAAGUGGAAAUUACCUCUGUUAGGUUGACACUUAAUGUUCUUAAAGAUCUUGGCUACGUAGAUUGUGAAAAGUUGGAUGAGAAGAUUCAUGACGUUAAUCUCGAAGAGGUACCGACUUUGCUGGAGUGUUUGUCUACAUCGGAUAAUCCAUUGACCGAUACAUUUCUGAAAAAGAAAAGUUCAUAUAGUACAAAGAGGAUUCAGAAAUUGCCGAGUCCUGGCCUCUGUGAAGAUAGAGAGGAAUCAACACCUGACCAAACGAUUACACUAAAUGUUGUAAAGAAGGAAGGAAACAUUCUGUUUGUUGAAUGUGGUGAUGACUUUGUUGAUCUUCUCUUCACUUUUCUUGCUAUACCUCUAGAAUCUGCAUGGGGAAUAGCUGGCGAUGGAAUCAUCAUUGGAUGCAUUGGAAACUUGAGCAAAAGCUUUAAGGACUUAAGUGUUGAUCCCGGACGAGAAGCUAAAUGUGUUCUUCCUCAUUACUACAAGUGUCAGAAGCAGCUACUUGAUGCUGUCACCACCCAUAAGCCACCGACUUUCUACUUGUAUGUGUCCUCCAUGGCUUCGAAUCAUAUUAGAGAGUACCGUUUGUCAGAAGACUCCAGUAAGCCACUUGUUUAUUUUUGGGAUGAACUCAUGCCCAUGAUUUCGAUAGAUCCAAAAUCUAAAGGUAGUACUAACACUACUGAUGAGUCAACAAUACCCAGUGGUGGCUUUAUGAAGAGAGGGACAAAGUUUAUGAUAACAGAUGAUUUGAUCAUCACACCUUUGAAUUCAACCUCAACCAUUGGAUUGGUAAAAGAAAAACAGAUCCGAUUAGAUGAUGUCGAGGUUCAAGAGAUCAUCAUUAGAAAAGAAGAGGCCAUUAGGUUAUUACAAGCUUCAUUGGUGACAUGUUCUGCCUUAAGCACUGGUCUUCUAGCUAUAGAAUCAGCUUCAACAAGUGUUCCUCAAAGCGCAAAUUUGAAGAAGCCAAAGAUUGAGACUUGAGGAGCAAUGUUUAACCAGAAACUUCGAGUUCUUGCUAAAUUUGAUUGCCAGAGAAUCUUUUGAUAGCUUAUGAAUGCUCAGUUUAAUUUAUU